AAAUCUAAGCCGUUUGCUUGCAGGAAUCAAGGAACCAACACAAAAUGAACGGUUAAAGAUCUAUCCGACAUUCCUCGUGAAAUGAUUCCGCAUUUCUGUUCUGUCUCUUUUGCUUGUUCCUCUCCUCGUCCUUCAAUCAUCAUCAUCUGAAACUCCAGAGUUCCCUUCUUUUUACUUGGAGAAUCUAUCGAUCAUGUCGAGAUUUUCUCUAGUUAUCUUUUGCUUUCUCUUUGUCUCAACGAUUGUCAGAGCCACCGAUGUCGAGUACUGCGAUGGUAACAAAGAGUAUGAAGUAAAGGUCCAAGGAGUUAAUAUAUUGCCUUAUCCUAUAGUUAGAGGCGAGCCAGCUACUUUCAGCAUUUCUUCUAACACAGACAAUGUGAUCUCAAGCGGAAAGCUGGUGAUCGAAGUGUCAUACUUUGGAUGGCAUAUUCAUUCUGAGACACAUGAUCUUUGUGAUGAAACAAAAUGUCCAGUGGCAGUUGGAGAUUUCUUGGUAGCGCACUCGCAAGUUCUACCCGGUUAUACUCCUCAUGGUUCAUACUCACUUAAAAUGAAGAUGGUUGAUGGGCACAAGAAGGAGUUAACAUGCAUCAAAUUCUCAUUUGAGAUUGGACUUGUUUCAUCCUUGGCCGCCUACAUUUAGAGCUACAAUCUUGCUUGCUGGAAUCACUCCAUUUUUACUUUGUAUAAAAAAGAAAAACAUUCUCUCUUCUUCAAAAUUGUUUAUCAAAAAAAAAAAACAUUUGAAAAUUCUCAAUCUUGUUCUCACGGUGGACCAUUUAGAAAAAAUCAAAGUUAAAUAAGUUCCUGACAUCAUUCAAUCAAAUUAAAUGUUCACCAAAUUGCUAGACUGUGGAGUAGAUAUUUUGAACUAGCAUAUAGAAAAAAAUUGUUCCUAAGAUGAAUUUCAAAACAAUGAUCAAACAUAAACACCAUUACUAACAUUCGCACGUGCGAGCUACUCUUGACACGUGUUAAUGUCCUAAUACUUUUUCUUCUCUCCCUCCCGACAGAAACACAAAAGCAGCUUCUCUCCUCCUCGCAGCGAAUCCCUCAAAGAACCACAUGGCCAACUUCGAUGGUCCAGGAUUCUCAAUGGUUGACGAAUCUUGGAUCCAGACCAAAGCCAUCGACAUAGAACCCUCAACCGACAUCUCUCCUUACCUCUCCCGUAUCCUAGAAGACUGCGUCUGGAACGGGAACAGAGCCAUCGUCUUCGACGUCUACUGGGACGUUGAAUCAGUGAACACAAAGUCCGAGCAGCGUCUCUCCUCAGUGAAGCUAAGCACCAAGAACCUCUGUCUCUUCCUCCGUCUACCAAACCAGUUCACCGACAACCUCAAGGACCUCUACCGCUUCUUUGCUUCCAAGUUCGUCACGUUCGUCGGCGUCCAGAUCGGUGAGGAUCUUGUUCUGCUUAAAGAGAAUCACGGGAUUGUGAUCAGAAGCUCUCUGGAGAUUGGGAAGUUGGCUGCUGUGGCUAGAGGAACUCCUAUUGUGGAGUUUCUUGGAGCUAGAGAGUUGGCUCAUAAGAUACUUUCGUGUGAUAUGAGUAGACUUGAUUCGAUUCAGUCUAAGUGGGAUGAAGCUGGGGGUGAUGAUCGUCUAGAAGCUGCAGCUAUUGAAGGCUGGCUUAUUUACAAUGUCUAUGAUCAGUUGCAGCAGUGAGGAGAUGUUGUGAUAUGUCACAACCUAACAUUUUAUUUCUUGAUCAAAUGGAUGUGUGACAUUGUGCAUUUUGAUCUUGCUAUGAGUGAACAAGAUCAUGUCUGAAUAAAAGAUAUACUAAAGUCAA